CACACCCCUGCAGUUUGAUGUACAUGGACUUGAUUUUCUGAGUUGCUCCAAGAAAUUCACUUUCCUUGUUUCAGCGGUUUGUGCAUAGAGAAGACAAGAAUAAUGUGGGACAGAAGAAAACUUAAUCUUGCUGCAAUCAUUUUCACAGCUCUCUAUUACAAAGAGACUGCAGAGAGCGCAACACCGCUGGAACUGGACAUGGCCCCAGAUGCUGUAGAUGACAUGUACAGUGGAUGCCGUAACGAGGCACUGGAAAAGUUUAUCCAUUCAGAUCUGUUAAAACAAGAGCUAAUUGGCAGUAAAACAUUCCAGAAAGCAUGGAAUACAAAUACCCAGUGUUCAAAGCUGUUACAUGGAAAACAAAAAGAACAUACUUCUGCACUUAUGGCAUAUGUUAACGCAGAUGAAACAUUUAAAAACAAAUUGGACCAUGCAGUGAAGACAUCGGGCGUGAAUGUUAGCUUCUAUGAAGACCACUUCCAUUUCAAGUCUCUUCAUUUCCUGCUCAUGGAUUCCAUGACACUGCUGAGUCCAAAUCAGUGCAAGACUAUGUAUGUUUUGUCAGAAAAACAAUACAAAGCAGAAAAGGGCUCAAAUGUGAGACUUGGAAGGUUCAUUGAAGUUCAGUCAAGCUAUAAUGAGGUAAAGGAUAUGCUAGAUUUGGACGAAGUUGUCAUCUUUAACAUCACUUCUUGCUUCCUUGUCAACCUGGGAGACAUUUGCAGCGAAAAGGACUCUGCUCUCAUAUCUCCAGCUGAAGUCUUCACUGUGGAGGAAAUAAAGGAAAUAGCGCACGAUGACCAAUCCUACACGGAGAUUGUUUUGAAACACUCAGAACUGUACAGCUCGCACAACUGUUACAUCUUUUCACGGUCCACAGCUGAUGUCUCCACCCAGUGGCUUGUGUUGGUGCUUGUGGCUUUAUCUCUUUUUUUCCUUUAAAGGUUCAGUGUGUGAGUUCUAGUGACAUCUAGUGGUGAGGGUUGCUAAUUGUACCCCCCUCAAAGCGAGCAGUAUAGCUAUGCAGGACAAAGAUGUCAUCUAUGAGAUAAAAGAGAUUGCCACACAAUAAAUCACGUACGUUUCUUUUAGAUAUAUUAAGAAAUUAAAGAAAUUAUGUAAAACCAUUUUUUUUUUCAAUAUUAUUGUUACUUUUUCAUUAAUAAACAACAGCCACAUGAAAAGUGGUACAUGAUGUAUCACACUCCUAUAAUACAUUAUCUUACAUCUUGGGAGGGUUGGCUCAUCUGGACUAACAUACUAAAGUAACUGAAAUUCUCAAACACGAUCACAUCUAGUGCAUCAAGUAUGACAGAUACCAGGACAAUGUAAGCCUCACUGUUUCUGCACAGUCCAUUAUAAGCCACAUAAUACAUGAAGUUUACAAAGGCAUUGGCUGGUGAGGAUCAGCUCCUCUCGCUUUGCUUAAAUAGAUAAACAAUCUGCAAAUAUUAACAAAAUGUCUUUUUAAUUUUUUUGAAAUACAAAAGAAACACAAAGUAGUACUGACAGCCAUAAUUUCAGCUUGUGGUAAAAUUUUGCAACGUUGUAAUGGGCAUUUAGCA